UAUCAUGCAAUGCUGAUGAGCAGUGAAAAGUAACUUGGAACUGGCGGCGGCAGCGGCGGAAGCGACGGUGGCGGCUGAGAGCCGGCGCGAAUCUGGCCCCGGCAGCGGGACCCGGGCAGAUCUUGACGUGCCCCGCCUGAGCCGAAGCGUGCGGAGGAUGGAAACACUUGCCCGGCAAUGUCUCUGGGCCGCCUCCUUCGCCGGGCCUCCUCCAAAGCCUCGGACCUCCUGACCCUCACCCCGGCUGGCAGCGGGUCCCCCUCCAUCCUGGAUGGCGAGAUCAUCUACUCCAAGAACAAUGUCUGCGUGCAUCCCCCGGAGAGGCUGCAGGGGCUGGGGGAGCACCACCCAGGUUACCUGUGCCUGUACAUGGAGAAGGAUGAGAUGCUGGGAGCCACCCUCAUCCUGGCAUGGGUCCCCAACUCUCGCAUCCAGAGGCAGGACGAGGAGGCCCUGCGCUACAUCACGCCGGAGAGCUCCCCCGUCCGCAAGGCGCCCCGCCCUCGGGGCCGGCGUGCCCGGAGCUCGGGGGCCUCCCACCAGCCCUCCCCCAUGGAGCUGCGGCCCACCCUGACCCCCAAAGAUGAGGACAUCCUGGUGGUGGCCCGCGUGCCGGACGGCGUGCUGGCCAGCCCUGCGCCGGAGGACGAGGAGAAGCUGGCGCAGGGCUUGUGGGUGGACGGUGCCCGGCUGGCCUCGCAGCCUGCCCGCAGCCCCUCCGGGAUCUUGUCGACAGUCAGUUCGCAGGACGGCGCCGAGGAGGGGCAGAAGCCGCGGCCUGAGGCCGGGGAGGAGGAUGGCUCCCUGGAGCUGUCCGCGGAUGGCGUGAGCAGGGACAGCUCCUUCAACUCGGACUCGGACGCCUUCUUCUCGCCCUUCUGCCUCUCACCCAUCAGUGCAGCGCUGGCCGAGAACCGUGGCUCUGUGUUUCUGGAAAGCGACAGCAGCCCCCCGUCCAGCUCCGACACCAGCCUGCGCUUCCCGGACAGCAACGGCCUCCUGCAGACCCCGCGCUGGGACGAGCCACAGCGAGUGUGCGCCCUGGAGCAGAUCUGUGGCGUGUUCCACGUGGACCUGGGCCACAUGCGCUCCCUCCGCCUUUUCUUCAGCGAUGAGGCCUGCACCAGUGGCCAGCUGGUCAUCGCCAGCAGGGAGAGCCAGUACAAGGUCUUCCACUUCCACCACGGAGGCCUGGACAAGCUGUCCGACGUGUUCCAGCAGUGGCAAUACUGCACCGAGAUGCAGCUCCAAGACCAGGUCGCCCCCGAAAAGACCUGCAUGCAGUUUUCCAUCCGCCGCCCCAAGCUGCCGUCCUCUGAGACCCACCCGGAGGAGAGCAUGUACAAGAGGCUGGACGUCUCUGCCUGGCUCAACCACCUGAACAAGCUGGGCCAGGUGGAGGAGGAGUACAAGCUUCGGAAGGCCAUUUUCUUUGGCGGCAUUGAUGUGUCAAUCCGGGGGGAGGUCUGGCCCUUCCUGCUGUGCUAUUACAGCCACCAGUCCACAUCGGAGGAGCGGGAGGCGCUGCGGCUGCAGAAGCGGAAGGAAUACUCUGACAUCCAGCGGAGGAAGUUCUCCAUGACCCCCGAGGAGCACAGAGCGUUCUGGCGCAACGUGCAGUUCACCGUGGACAAAGACGUGGUCCGGACCGAUCGUAGCAACCAGUUCUUCCGAGGGGACGACAAUCCCAACGUGGAGAGCAUGAGGAGGAUCCUGCUGAACUAUGCCGUCUACAACCCAGCCGUCGGCUAA